AUGAAGGGACUCAUCCUCGUCGGCGGCUUCGGCACGCGUCUCCGUCCUCUCACCCUCACCCUCCCGAAACCGCUGGUCGAGUUCGCCAACAAGUCGAUGAUCGUGCACCAGAUCGAAGCGCUGGUGUCGGCGGGCGUGACCGACAUCGUCCUGGCCGUCAACUACCGGCCGGAGGUGAUGGAGAAGUUCCUGGCCGAGUACGAGGAGAGGUACAACAUCAAGAUCGAGUUCAGCGUCGAGUCGGAGCCGCUGGACACGGCGGGCCCGCUGAAGCUGGCCGAGAAGAUCCUGCGCAAGGACGACUCGCCCUUCUUCGUCCUCAACUCGGACAUCAUCUGCGACUACCCCUUCAAGGAGCUGCUCGACUUCCACCGCAGCCACGGCGACGAGGGCACCAUCGUCGUCACCAAGGUCGAGGAGCCGUCCAAGUACGGCGUGGUGGUGCACAAGCCCAACCACGCGUCGCGCAUCGACCGCUUCGUCGAGAAGCCGGUCGAGUUCGUGGGCAACCGCAUCAACGCCGGCAUGUACAUCUUCAACACGUCGGUCCUGGACCGCAUCGAGCUCCGGCCGACGUCGAUCGAGAAGGAGACCUUCCCGGCCAUGACGGCCGCCAACCAGCUCCACUCCUUCGACCUCGACGGCUUCUGGAUGGACGUCGGCCAGCCCAAGGACUUCCUCACCGGCACCUGCCUCUACCUCUCGUCCCUCACCAAGCGGGGCAGCAAGGAGCUCACGCCGCCGACCGAGCCCUACAUACACGGCGGCAACGUCAUGAUCGACCCCUCGGCCAGGAUCGGCAGCAACUGCCGCAUAGGACCCAACGUCACCAUCGGCCCCGGCGUCGUCGUCGGAGACGGCGUCCGCCUGCAGCGCUGCGUCCUCCUGCGCGACUCAAAGGUCAAGGACCACGCCUGGGUCAAGUCCACCAUCGUCGGCUGGAACAGCACCGUCGGCCGAUGGGCCCGCCUCGAGAACGUCACCGUCCUCGGCGACGACGUCACCAUUGGCGAUGAGAUCUACGUCAAUGGCGGUCGCAUCCUGCCUCACAAGACGAUCAAGGCCAACAUUGAUGUUCCGGCAAUUAUAAUGUAA